GGCCGGGCGCUAGCGGCCCAGGGAGGCCAAGCUCCUAGGGCAGCUGUCCAGCGCGCCUGCGCAGUAGGCCCGGAGGCUGGCAAUGCUAAAUGGACUCGCCCUCAGGGCUGUGGCGUCAGUGCGACUGCGCGCGAGCCCGGUGCCGCGGUGCUUGACUUCGCCGCGCCGGGUGCUUGAGGUAGCCAUGCGGAGAGCAGAUCCCGAGCAACCUGCUAAGCGGCCCCGCCGCGAUGGCAGCCCAAGGACACCGCCGAGCUCCCCUCCUGCAGCGGCGACCACGUCUCCGAACUCUGGCUUGGAGAACACGGACAUCCGAACCUGGGAGCCGGAGGACGUGUGCUCCUUCUUGGAGAGACACGGCUUCCGAGAGAAGAGAGUGCUGGACAUCUUCAGAGAAAAUAAAGUCACUGGUUCAGUUCUGCCCUUUUUGGAUGAGAAACUUCUUGAAAAUCUGGGAGUAAGUUCCUUGGGGGAGAGGAAGAUGAUGGUUGAAUGUUUCAAAACCCUGCGUCAAUCUCACAUUGAUCUAAUGAAGGUAUUUAAUGAUCCUAUUCACGGCCAUGUUGAGUUCCACCCUCUGCUCAUCCGAAUCAUCGACACACCUCAGUUCCAACGGCUCCGAUACAUCAAGCAGCUGGGAGGCGGCUACUAUGUUUUCCCCGGAGCGUCCCACAAUCGCUUCGAACACAGUCUCGGGGUGGGGUACCUAGCAGGCUGCCUGGUUCGAGCACUCGCCGAGAAGCAGCCAGAGCUGCAGAUCAGUGAGCGAGAUAUGCUCUGCGUUCAGAUCGCGGGGCUCUGCCAUGACCUUGGUCAUGGGCCAUUUUCUCAUAUGUUUGAUGGAAGAUUUAUUCCUCUCGCUCGCCCAGAUAUGAACUGGAGGCAUGAACAAGGCUCGAUUGAGAUGUUUGAGCAUCUAGUUAAUUCUAACGAACUCAAACUUGUCAUGAAAAACUAUGGCCUUGUCCCUGAAGAGGAUAUUACCUUUAUCAAGGAACAAAUUAUGGGCCCACCUGUAACACCAGUCAAAGGUCAUUCGUGGCCGUAUAAAGGGCGUCCUGACAAGAAGAGCUUCCUUUAUGAGAUAGUGGCCAACAAAAGAAAUGGCAUCGAUGUGGACAAAUGGGAUUAUUUUGCAAGGGACUGUCACCAUCUUGGAAUACAAAAUAAUUUUGAUUAUAAGCGCUUUCUUAAGUUUGCCCGCAUCUGUGACGUGGAGGACCCUGACCGUGCCUGUAAGGUGAAGCACAUUUGUACGAGAGAGAAGGAGGCUGGAAAUCUGUACGACAUGUUCCACACACGCAACUGCCUACACCGCAGAGCCUAUCAACACAAGAUCAGCAACCUCAUCGAUAUAAUGAUCACAGAAGCUUUGCUCAAAGCAGACCCCUAUGUGGAGAUUACAGGGACCGCGGGGAAGAAGUUUCAUAUUUCCACAGCCAUUGAUGACAUGGAAGCCUUCACUAAGCUAACAGAUAACAUUUUUCUGGAGAUUUUGUACUCUACUGAUCCAAGGUUGUCUGAGGCACGUAAUAUUUUAAGGAACAUUGAACACCGUAAUCUGUACAAGUACUUGGGUGAGACCCAGCCAAAAGGCGAGAAGAUUAAGAAGUCAGAAUAUCAACAGCUUCCCCAAGAGGUUGCCGACGCCAAACCUGAAAAGCUCCUGGGCUCCGCACUGAAGGCCGAAGAUUUUAUAGUGGAUGUUAUCAAUAUGGAUUAUGGGAUGGAAGACAAGAACCCAAUUGAUCAUGUUCACUUCUAUUGUAAGAGUGACAGCAAGCAAGCAGUCACGAUCUCUAAAGAUCAGGUGUCACAACUGCUGCCACAGAAAUUUGCAGAGCAGCUCAUUCGAGUGUAUUGCAAGAAGAAGGACAGCAAGAGCAUUUACGACGCCGAGCAGCAUUUUGUUCAGUGGUGUGCGCUCAGGGACUUCACCAAGCCACAGGAUGGUGACAUCACAGCUCCACUUAUAACACCUCUGAAGUGGAAUAAAAAUACUUCGUCUCGCCCCCAGGAAGCAUCCAGAGUCAAAACAUGUCUAAAGUUUUAAGUGAAUGCCUGCCAUUGAUUCUUUUCAAAACAUUUUCCGCUCUUCACAAUCAAGUUAGGGCAUAUACCUGUAGCGCCCACUAGUGGUUCUUAUUUUAAUCUAUGCUCAUGCUGAAGUUUCUAUUCAAAACAAAGACUGGUAAUACUAGCAA